UCUGCUUCAUAAAAAAACCAGCUCUCCCCAGAGCCUAACCAGACUGCUUCUUUGAUCCCUCUCUCUUCUCACAUUAGCCUUCUGCUACUUCUUCAUCUUCUUCUUCAUUUUGCUUGUUGUAUAUAUUUAAGAAAAGAAGCUCUCCAAAGUUUUAAACUUUGAUGUCUACACCUUUAGAACAUGAUUACAUAGGAUUAACAGAGUCUUCUUCUAUGGAAAGAAGCUCUGAGAAGAUAUCUUCUUCUUCUUCCUCCUCUUUUAGUCACUCCAUUGAAGAAAAAACUAGAAAAACUAUCAAUAAUACUUCUCUCAAUCUCAAAGAAACUGAGCUGAGGCUUGGUUUACCAGGUUCUCAGUUUCCUGAGAGAAAAGUCUCUCUUUUUGGCAAAGAUUUGGAGAGUAAUGAUAAAAGUAAUGGUUUUUCUGUUAGCCCUUUGAAGAACUUGGUGUCUGGAGCUAAAAGGGGUUUCUCACAUGCCAUCAAUGGGUCUAAUGGAAAAUGGGUCCCUAUGAAUGGUAAAUCUGAUGUUGAGUUGGCUAAAGGUGCUACCUUCACCUCUCCUAGAAGUGGCUUGGAGAGCAAGAGCAAUUCCCAGCAAGUAAGGGUAUCUGUACCUGCCAUGAAAGAGGUUGGUGGUACUGUUACCCAGUCUCCAAAGCAAGUUCAAGAUAAGCAGAAUCUUGUUCCUCCUGCAAACGAGCAUGCUUGUGCUCCUGUUGCAAAGGCACAGGUUGUAGGAUGGCCACCAAUUCGUUCAUUCCGGAAGAAUACCAUGGCCUCUAAUUUGGUAAAGAACAGCGAUGACGCUGCCGGUUGCCUCUAUGUAAAGGUGAGCAUGGAUGGAGCACCAUACCUGAGGAAGGUUGACCUCAAGACCUUCAAAAACUAUAUGGAACUGUCAUCAGCUUUGGAGAAGAUGUUCAGCUGUUUUACAAUUGGGCAGUGCAGUUCCCAUGGGCUACCCAUGCGAGAUGGUAUCAGUGAGAGUCGUUUGAUGGACCUUAUCCACGGAUCAGAGUACAUGAUGACAUAUGAAGACAAAGACGGUGAUUGGAUGCUUGUCGGCGAUGUUCCAUGGGAGAUGUUCACUGAUUCGUGUAUGAGAAUAAGGAUAAUGAAAGGUUCAGAGGCAAUUGGACUAGCUCCAAGGGCCAUGGUGAAAUGCAAGAACCAGAAUUAAUGCAAAAGCAUCUUGAAGACCAAAAAGAAAGGAAGCCUUCAGAACUCCAGAAUUUUAAGGAUGAUCAGUAGAGCACUUUACUCAAGAAUUAUAUAUAUGUUUUCAGAUAUCAUAAGGUUGAUGUAUUUAGUGGAAUUUAGAGGAAAAAAAAAAGCUUCUAUCGGACGGAUGAUGGCAUUGGAGACAUAUCCAAUUAUUUAAGGUUGUCUGGUUUACAUGUCUUCUUUUAUCUUUUUCUCCGUUUGUGUAUUUUCUAUACUGUGUAAAUGGAUGAUUCCUCGCAGAUUGCCAAUC